AUGGAUAUCAGACUUAUUUUAGAUUCUCAACUUGAUGUGGUUACAACCGAUAUUGAUAUACCAUUUCUUCAUCUGCUCAUCAAUAAUACUGUUCCACCAAUUGCAUCAAAUAAUAUUAAAUUUUUUAUAAAAAUUCAAGAUACCCAAUUCAAUGGCUCGAAACAAGAAGCUGAUGCUUUAUUGAGAGAAAAACCAUUUGAUUUAAUAAUUGCUUUAAAUUCUAAUGGUAAUACUGAAGGUGAUCUUGUUUAUGAUGAUGAAGAAUCAAUCGAUAUAAUUGGAUCAAAGUCGUAUUAUUAUGCAACAUAUAAAUGGUCAUCACCGGAAAAUCGUUUAUUAAUAAAUAUUAUUGAAAUCAUUAUCCAAAAAUAUCUUAUUUAA